GGUCUCUUUGGAAAUUCAAUCAAUUCUGUACCGAAUCUCGAAAUUGCUGCUGCUGUACAAAUCGAUAGCGCCAUGUUUGUGAGCUGCCCUCCGCCGAACCCCAGGGGCCAACUCACCAAGAUGCUUCGGCACGCUCACAUCAUCCCGAAUGUGCUGCCCUGCGAGCCGCAGGCAGUCAUCCAGGUGCUGUACCCUUGCGACAUCGUGGUGGAGCCAGGCACCACCAUUUCUGUCGAUGCGGCGGUCAAAGAGCCCAUCAUUCGAUGGAAACCCGAAACGCACCGGCUCUACACCUUUCUGAUGAUCGACCUGGACAUGCCAAAGUCCAUGGGCCAGUACCUGCUUUGGAUGGUGGGCAACAUCCCCGGCUGCGAUGUGGUGCGGGGAGAAACCAUUGUUGCCUACAUGCCCAAGCGCACGGCGGAGGGCAAGCAGUACCAUCGCAGUCUCUUCCUGGCCUACCAGCAGUACCUCGAGUUGGACUUUGACGAGCCGUAUCUGACGGCCUCCGACACGGUGGGACGCGCCCACUUCGAUGUGAAUCGUUUCGCGAUGAAAUACGCCUUGGGCAGUCCCACGGCUGCCAAUUUCUUUGUGGCCGAGUGGGAUUGGGGUUGGGAAGCCGAUUAAACUAAUAAUAAACCGGUGGACUAUCUAUUUUAA